GAAAAUGUUACUGGUAGCGUUAGAAAAGUUGUAAAGUGUAUAUGAAAGCGAAACCUUCGUGAAAUAAAAUUUACAGUUUAUUUAGACUAAAUAAAUUCAAGCACAGGGAAUACUAAUUGAUGAACACAUUUACAAUUUUGUAGUUCGGAUCUAUUAUACAUAUUUGUACGAUAUAAUUAUUUUGAUAGCUUUUGCAGCUUUUUGUGUCCCCACUAUAGCAGGGCUAUAAAACAAACGCCGCCAUCUUGGAACGAAGAAGGUUGCAAUAAGACUAUAUCAAAAGUUAAAGCAGGAACUAAAACUUCAGUGAAAGUAAAAAAAGUACCAAAAUAGAACACAAAGGUCACUAAAGGAUCAAUAAGAAAGCUACAUCAAUAGAAGAUAAGCCUCAGUAAAAAACUAAAAUGGCAUGUAAUGGACAGCUUAAUCUGAACGACGGUCUAUGGAAAGAGAAGCUGGCAUCACAGUUUAACCAGACAUAUUUUAUAACUUUACAAGAAAAAUUACAGAAAGAGUAUAGCCUAGGCAAAGUAUAUCCACCCCAAACACUUAUAUACAAUGCUCUUAAUCUCACACCUUUGGAAACGGUCAAAGUGGUGAUAGUUGGACAGGAUCCUUAUCAUGGCUACGGUCAGGCCAUGGGUUUAGCCUUUUCCGUACCAAUUGGCAUACCAGUCCCAUGCUCUUUGCAGAACAUAUAUAAGAUGUUAUACAAUGACCCGAGGAUUCCUGAAUUUGUGAUAUCUAAUGGCCAUCUCGUGAAUUUUGGUAAUCGGGGAGUGCAGAUACCUAAUCAUGGCUGCCUCGUGAGUUGGGCCAAACAGGGAGUGUUGUUGUUGAAUGCUAUACUAACUGUGGAGGCCGGUAUGCCUAACUCUCAUGCUAAAAUUGGAUGGCAGUAUUUUACGGACGAGGUUAUCAAAAUAGUGAGCGACUACCAAGACCAUGUCGUCUUCAUACUGAUGGGAGAAUUUGCAAAAUCGAAAAAGUAUCUGAUUGACGUGAAUAAACAUGAUAUCAUUGAAACUACGCAUCCAGCCUCUCGUGCAUCAUAUCAGAACAUGUUUCAAGAAUCUAAUUGUUUUUCUGUUUGUAAUACUUUGUUAGAAGGAUUCGGCAAAAUACCUGUGUACUGGAAUUCGCUUUAGGUCAAAAUUGAUUUAAACAAUAAGCCACUGAACUUGGAACAGUCCAUUAAGUGUAUGUAAUCAUACGAUUUUAUCAAUAAUGUAGUUUCUCGUUAGGUUCAAUUUUGCUUUUAAAGUUAAAUGAAGAACUCUUUGGUUCCUAUGCAAUUUAGCUAGAAAUGCUUCUUUUCAUCCUACAUUGUCAUAACUUAUACUUCUACAAUAUGCCAUUUGGAAUUCAAUUCAGUCACGACCUUGCUCAACAGUUAUUAAUGAUUAAAAUUGAUUUAUGUUAUUUCAAAUCCAACAAAUUUGUUUUAUGUUAUAUAAUAUUGGCAUGCUUGGAUAUAUUCCGUACUUCCUUUAUCCGUAAAGUUAUCUUUAACGUGCAUGCUAUGGAAACACAUUGCCCCCUACACAGUAGGUUAGGUUGUUCGUGGGCGGCUGUCAUUCAUAUGACGGAUUUGUGAUCAAUUUUGUUUAAAUAAUGAUUUUCACAAGUUUGAUCAGAGCAUGCUUCUUGUGUGAUAUAUCAAAAAUGUAUUGUUACCUUGCUGUUGUUUUGGUCUACAUUUAUAUCAAAUGACACUAUACAUAUAUCCUAUUAAUUGUGCUAAAAAUUUUAUUAUAUUUAGGUAAUACUGUCAAUUAAGCUGCUUGUACUUUUUAAAUUGUUAACUCCUAUGACUAAAAAAAUGCUCAUACCCUGUGUUCACAAAGAUUUAAGGAUCAGGAUCAAAUUCAAAAACUAGAAUUGUAUUUGUGUUUGUUUUGUUAUUUGCUGAUUUUAUCCCAAAAUAUGUUUGUUUCUUUGCAAAUAAGCAAUCAUUUAUAUUUCAAAUAUGUACCAUUUAAUUCCAGCAUAAUGCGAUCAGUUUUAGUUUUAUAAAACAAUAAAAAUAAAUUAGGAUAAUCUGAUCCUGAUCCUGAUCAUUUCUUUGUGAACACGGGGCCAGGUGAUGAUUAUUGUUACAAAUUCCAUGUUGAUAUGUGACAGUUCUUUUCAUUAUUGUUCACAUACAUUUUGUUAUCAAGAUUUUUCAUUAUUUUUCUCAUGUUUGUAUUCAUCCUUUCAUUAGACCAUUCUGUUAACAACAUUUAACAUUUGAAACUUAUUUUAAUAUUUUUGUAUAUACUUAAUGUUUUUAUUUCAGUUCUUUUCAUUAUUGUUCACAUAUAUUUUGUUAUCAUGAUUUUUCAUUAUUUUUCUCAUGUUUGUAUUCAUCCUUUCAUCAAACCAUUCUGUUAACAACAUUAAACAUUGGUAACUUA